AUGUCAGUAUACGGCCGCUGCCGGAUGUCAGACGACGGGUUCCCCCUCGAGGGGAGUCUACGCGAGUUAAUAGAAACUCCUUCCUUGAAAUGGAUCUUCGUUGGAGGAAAGGGCGGCGUCGGAAAGACGACCACCAGCUGCGCCAUUGCAACAAAGCUCGCUGAAACGCGCGAAUCUGUAUUGCUACUAUCUACCGAUCCUGCACAUAACCUAAGCGACGCAUUAACACAAAAGUUUACGAGCACUCCUACUCUUGUCAAUGGAUACAAGAAUCUUUAUGCAAUGGAAAUAGAUUCUCGUCCUCAAGAAGCAGCAGAUUUUCAAUUAUUUAAGGGAAAAGAAUCAAAAGAUUUAAUGCAAUUUCUUCCUGAAUUAAUUAAUGCUGUACCUGGUAUAGAUGAAGCUCUUUCUUUUGCUGAACUUAUGCAGUCUGUGCAAACAAUGCGUUAUUCAACAAUAGUGUUUGAUACAGCACCAACAGGACACACAUUAAGAUUAUUAGGGUUUCCUAGGGUUUUGGAGAAGGGUUUGAAGAAAAUAGGAGAAUUAGCUGAGGGUUUAGGUGCUGCUCUUGAUGUAUUCACCUCUCUUGCAUCUACACAACCUACAAACCCUCAAGAGACCCAUACAACUUUUGUAUGCGUUUGUAUCCCUGAAUUUUUGUCUCUUUUUGAGACAGAAAGACUUGUACAAGAAUUAGCUAAACAAGGAAUAGAUUGCAGCAAUAUUGUUGUUAAUCAAGUUCUUAUGCCUAUAGAAUUAGCUAAACAAGAAAUAGAUUGCAGCAAUAUUGUUGUUAAUCAAGUUCUUGUGCCUAUAGGGGAUUGUGACGGGAAGGGUGCCCCCCUUGCUUCUCCUGCCUUAAUGGAGACACUGCAGCAGCAGCAGCAGCCUCCGCUGUCUCCGCAGCAGCUGCUGCAGCCAGCAGCAGCAAGAGGAGACAAGGAGACACCAGAGGAAGAAGCAACGAGAUUACGCAAUCUUGUGCUGCAGCUGCAGCAUCGGCUGCUGCUUGUUGAGCAAUCGUAUGCUGCUAGACGUCGCAUGCAAUCGAAGUACUUGUUGCAAAUAAAAGAGUUGUAUACUUACGACUUCCAUGUUGCCUGCGUGGGUCAACAAUCGGAUGAAAUUCGCGGCGUAGAAAAACUCAAAGCGUUGGGAAAUCUUCUUUGUAAAGAAACAGAAAUUCCUAUACUACUUACCGGCUGGCUGUUACACCUACAAGCUACCAGAUGCAGCAACAGCAGCAAUAGGAGCAGCAGCAGCAGCAGCAGCAGCAGUAGCAGUAGCAGCAGCAGCAGCAGCAGCAACAGGGGUUCAUGGGUGUUCUCUGUGACUCAGAGAAGAUCACUUAGUAUUGCUGCUGAGGCGGCUCUAGCGCCAGCAGCAGCAGCAGCAACGGCGGCAGCAGCAGCAACAGCAACAGCAGCAGCGCCACGACAACCGGCAGCAGCAGGAGCAGCUGGAGCAGCAGCAGCAGCAGCAUCCGAGGAUGCAGCAGCUGCAGCAGCAGCAUCCACAGGGACAGUAGAAGUAGGACCAAUAGACACAGUAGCAGCAGCAGCAGGAGAUGCAGAGACAUCAGCAGAAGCAGCAGCAGAAGCAGCAGCAGCAGAAGCAGCAGCAGCAGAAGCAGCAGCAGCAGGAGCAGCAGGAGCAGCAGUAGAUUUAGAUUUUGUAUGGAAGACAGCAACACAGAGCAGCAGCAACUGGAAGACUCUGCAUGCAUGCAACAAGUUGCUGCUGCUGCGGCUGCAGCAGAUACAGCAUGACGUUACUGCUGCACUGCAGCAGCAGCAGCAACAACAACAACAGCAGCAGCAGCAGCAACAGGGGCAGCAACAGCAACAAGACACAGCUGCCUUGUCGAUAGAGCACAUUGAGGACUUGGCGUCUUCUUUUUAUUUAUCUGCUGCUCUCUCCCUCCCUGACCCCGCGCUGCAUGCAGCACUGCAUGCAGCAGCAACAGCAGUUGCUGCUGCCCUCAAGUCCCUUAGAUUAGCAGCAACAGCAGCAGCAGCAACAGCAGCAGCAUCAGCACGAGCAGAUGCAUGCGUUGGUGCACCACAGACAACAGGAACAAAAACAGCAGCAGCAGAAGCAGCAGCAUCUCCUGUUGCUGCAGCAUCUGUAGCAGCAGCAUCUCCUGCUGCUGCUGCUGCAGCAGCAGCAGCAUACGGGAAAAUAGGAGCAAGAUCCUUGGCGCUGCUGCUGCGGUGUAUGUACACCUCACCUGGCAGCAGCGCAGCAGAUGCAGCACUGCACAUCAGUGAUGAGCUUCUGCGGCGUCACGAGGUGUUGCUGCAGCAGCAGCUGGAGCAAGCUGUUGGUGCAGCAGCAGCAGCAGCAACAGCAGCAGCAGCAGGAAGGACCAGUGGUCUAGCAGCACUACUAAGCCCCAGCGAAUUAGUCUUAUGGCUAACAGCAGCAGCAAAAUAUAAAUAUACUAAUCAGGAGCUGUGGGAGUUGGGCGCAUCGCAUUUGCUGCUGCACUUGCAGCAGCAGCCAAAGAAGAAGCAGCAGCAGCAGCAGCAACAGCAGCAGCAGCAGCAGCAACAGCAGCAGCAGCAGCAGGGAGGUCUAUCUCCCUUACAACUAGCUGCAACAGCAUAUGCAUGCGCUGCUGCUGCAGCAGGUAUAGAGAAGGUGCAGCUGCUGCUGCAGCAAGUUGCUGUUGCUGCUAGGCAGCAACUUGCUUCCUUCUGUUUGCCUACUAUGAGCCAACUAUUAGGUUCACUAAUUAAAGGAGGAAUUGAUUGCCGUUUGCUGCUGUCGCGCUGCGCUGUGCUGCUGCGGAGACAAGCAGCAAAUGGACAGCUGCAGCAGCAGCAAAUCACAGGUCUGCAGCAAAGACUUUGCUGCAGCAGCAGCAGCAGCAAGAUGUUGUUGCGCUGCUGA